AUGGGGAUGCUGACCGAGGAAGGCGACAAGAGCCUCACCCACGAGAAGCUGGUGCUCAGCCAAUCUUCGCCGCUCGAGAAGGUCCAGUGGAGAGCGUGGAAAGAGGGCUAUAGGCUCCCGCCAAUGCUGUGGUCAGAGUCGAGCAUCGACCGUGAGGCGCGGCAGCAGUCCCAAGCCCCUGCACACCGCCAAAUUGAGGCUGCUCAGCCGGCUGACGACGACUUCGCCACCUCGUGCAAGGUCGAGGCCCUCCGGGAGCUGUACGCCGACGAGCUCGAAGGACGCCAUGGCACGCUCGAGGGCUCUCCUACGCCUCUGCCUCCGUCAGCAUCGCCGCUCAUCUCGCCGCACCCGUUGCCGCCACACGGACGAGGCCAUGCCGAGUUCGCCGUGACGGCAGCCGACGUUCGCGGUUUUGAGGCUCGUUACCCGGAGCUCUGCCCUCUGCUGCGAGUCCAGGCCAAGAUUGUCGCAAGCAUGAGCAACACGGUGGCCAAAGAGCAUCUCGGUGUUGAGUGCGAACUCCAAGAACGUCGCUGCGCCUUGCAUCUCGUGCGAGCGUACGAGGAGCAGCUUCGCGUCGCCCUGGCUCGCAUCCAGGCUCAGGUCGAGGUGGUUCGCCACAACUGUGAGGUGAUCCGUUCGAGGGCCAACGCAAUGUCCGCGCCCUUUGACGAUGCCUUUGACGGCCACACGGCGCCCGAGCCUGUCAAUUGGAGCGGCUCCGAGGCACGCUUGCGCAACCGUACCCGAGGAGAGCAGCGGGCCUCAAGGCCUGCUCACGCCGACGAGCAACAGCCCGGUCCCAGGCAGUCUCUCCGCCAUGCUACUCCACAGCGCGAAUUUGCCGGCCACGCGCAGGGUGUUGCCACUGCCAAGGAGGCAGACUUCGCUCCCGUCGGCGAUACCAAGCCCAACGCAACCGUCCCUGUGGCGACUGGCUCGAGCGGCAUCAAGAGGUUCUUCGGCGAUGAAAACCGCGCGUCUCUGGCCAAGAGGUCCAGGUCGGUGGCGGACUCGAGAGCCCAUCCUCACGGCGGUGGCGGCGACAUGGGCCCGCCGGCGCCUCCCGCGGCCAGAGUCUUCCUGCGAGAGCGAGGGGCGGCAACCCCCGCGGCAGGAUCACCGGCGUUCUUCGAGAGUGUCGAGCCUGUCAGCAGGGCCAGCGGCGGCGGCGCCGCGGCAGCAGACAAGGAUCGCGGCACUGGGUUUGAAAGUAGCCCGCGUCCAUCGUCCAGCAGGGCUAGGCAGAUGGAACAGGACGACGGCGGAGUCGAGGGCCGCAAGGAGUGA